AUGCACUGGACCAUUUUGGCGACAAGCUUCCUUAAUGUGGCCUUAGGUGCCUCUGUGCCCCAAAGCCUCGAGAUUUUUGUGAAAGAUGUGACUGCUCCGAACAUUGUCAAUGUCUACGUUCAUUACGCAACCGCUGUGAACCAGGAUCUAGUCUUCACCUACGGAAAGUGCGAUUCCGUUAGCUUUGACGACGUUCAUCACACCAUCGCAGAGGUUUCCGGCAGCGAUGCUCAUGGCAAUGAUACUCGAUUGGUUUGGGUAGUUCCUGACGAUGUUUCCACCGGAGGUUGUAUCUUCGCAUGGGAGCAGAAGUAUGUCAUCGGACAGAGUGCACCGUUGUCUCUUGACAGUAUUAUACAUGCGGGCCUGGCAAAACGCGAUCUUAUUCCGAUGACAAAUGAUUCUGGCAUUGACGCCGAAGGUCCUUGGUUCAAUGGUGUUACACUUCUCAAGAACAAAGAGGUUGGGGUUGUGGAUGUGAAGAAAGCCAAGAGCAAAUCGGUUGGAAUUAUCGGUGCCGGAAUCUCGGGCUUGAUGAGUUACCUACUACUCCAAAGCGUCGGAUUUACCAACCUCGAAAUCUCCGAAUCAACCGAUCGCGUUGGAGGCCGAAUCCGAACUGAGUAUUUUGAUCUCCCCGAGUCGAAGUACCAAUACCAAGAGAUGGGAGCCAUGCGCAUUCCCCUUACGGCAACCUUCCCAUUGGGCAAUGAUACUCUGACGUUGAACUUCACCAGUCAUGAGAUUGUCUUCCAACUGGCCGACACAUUGAACAAGCUCAACAGUCAUCACGAAUCCGUGAGCAUCGACUGGAUUCCCUUCAUUCAGAACAGUGAUAAUGCACUCUCUUUCAUUGAGAAUAAGCGCAACCCCGAUGGUUCUAUCCCAACCAUUGGCGAUGUCGCCAAGAAUAGCUCACUCGGCGCUACCACUCUUCACACUCCUGCCCUUGACGAGUUGAUGUCUAAGCUCGGCGAGGUUAUGUAUGACCCUCCUACCAUGAAGCUGGUCGCCAGCAACCUUUACGAGGCCCACAAGAAAUUCCUUGAUAUCGGACUUAACGACAGAGGAGGCGAUGACUGGACUCAGACAGGUUAUCUACAUAAUGUACUAGGUUUUGAUCUGAACACUACUGACCUUGCGGGCGAGUUGACCGCGGCUGCUACUCCCUUCUGGGUCAGCCUGUAUGAUAACCUUUUCUUCUCGUCCAAGGAGUGGAGAACCAUUGACAAAGGAAUGAGCCGCCUUCCAAAUGCAUUCAAGCCACUUGUCAAAGAUGACCUCAAAUAUCAUAGGAAAGUCCAGAAGAUUGAGUAUUUGGAUUGUGACAAGCAGGUUCGAGUUUCUUGGAAAAAUAAGUUCACCGACCGUCAUUUCCAGACUGCCACCUACGACUACGCUCUUGUUGCUGUGCCCUUCACUGUUACUCGGAAAUGGGAACUUCCAGACUUUUCUACAACACUUUCUCACGCCAUUGCCGACCUUGGCUACCAGUCAGCCUGCAAGGUUGCCUUGGAAUUCAAGUCAAGAUUCUGGGAACACUUGGAGCGCCCUAUCUACGGCAGUUGCAACACCAAGACUGACGUUCCCGGCAUUGGAAGCGUCUGCUAUCCUGGAUUCAAUGUCAACAGUACUGGUCCCGCAGUUAUCCUCGGCAGUUAUAACCAGGAUGACUAUGGUUACCGCUGGGUUUCUACACCUGAGGAAGAAAAUGCGCAAUACGUACUAGAUGCCUUCGCCCAGCUUCAUGGUGACAUUGUCUACGAGCAGUACACUGGAAAGUUCAAGCGUCAGUGUUGGCUGGAGGACGAGUCCAAUGCCGGAGGUUCUUGGGCAUUCCCAAGUGUCGGCCAGCACAAGUUGUACAUCCCUGCCUAUUUCAACACCGAGAAUAACAUGAUCUUCAUCGGCGAGCAUACCUCCUACACCCACUCGUGGAUCGCUUCCGGCCUGGAAUCUGCCGUUCGUGGCACUGUUCAACUUCUACUAGAGCUGGGUCUAGUCGACGAAGCCAAGGAAAUCACACGCACCUGGAUGGGCAGAUGGAUAACUGUCUGA